CGAGAAGCUAUUGGGUCCGAGUCUCUUUGAAUUUUAUGAAGCGGUUGUACCUUGGUGGCGACUCUGGUUCUGAUUCUGUGUGUGUCCCCAGCAGCCGCAGAGCCCAUCCAGCCAUCGGAAGAAGUUGGCCAACCCAGUGGAUUACACAUUAUAGCCCUUUAACUUAACGCAGCUUAAUCCCAAACACAAACUGUCAAGUGAAUCGAACAAAAACUGCAAGCCAAAAAUUGCAAGUAAAAAAGUGCGCGAAAUGUUGAGCUACGUUUAAAAGUUUCGAAAAACCGAAGGUCUAAAAACGAAAAGGAUCUUAUAACUCUGUGCUAAAAGUAUCUCACAGAUACUGAAAUCCGUGGCUAGUGCUCACACAGAAUCACACGAAUCUACACGAAGAGUUCUGUGCCGAAAAAUCGUUCUGUUUCUUGAGUGAAAAAGUUACAACCACAAGAUGACAAGGAGACGUUCGAGUCCACCGGGACUCGAGGAGCUGCUGUAUCUGGCGCUCGUCCUGCUGGCCAUGGCCCUGAUACCCACACAAGCCGCCCCGGUUCAGGAGUACACGGAGAUCCAACAGUAUUCAGAGGGCUGCUACUACAACUAUGCGCACUACCAGGAGGGCGACCGCAUCAUGACCAAUGAGCCGUGCCUGAACUGCACCUGCCACAACCGUAUGUUGAUGUGUUACCUGCGCGUCUGCCCCUUCACCAAGCCCAUUGGCCACGACUGCAUCGUGGAGAAGCGGGAGGAUCAGUGCUGUCCCAUCAUCACCUGCCCAGAAGUGCCCGUGGAUGUGCCCUACCAUUCCCCGGAGCCAGGAACCGAGCUGAGCAUCCCCGAGAAGUUCGGCUGCAGCAUCGAGGAGAAGUUCUACCCUGAGGGCGCCCAGGUGCCAUCGAACCCCAAUAAGCCUUGCGAGCUGUGCUAUUGCAUCAACAACCAGACCAAGUGCGUCAUGCAGGAGUGCACCCUGCACGUGGACGGCUGCCUGCCCAUCUACAACAAGGGAUCGUGCUGUCCAGUUCGCUACAGUUGCGACCACGAGAACGAAUUGGACUUUAUUGACCAGUCCACCACCACCACGACCACUACUGAGCGUCCCACAACUGGCUUCAUUCUGCCCAGCACCAUGGUGCCACCAGUGUCCACUGACUGCGUCCACGAUGGAGAGAUCUAUGCCGAUGGAGCCUCCCUGAAGGGCAAGAAUGCCUGCGAACACUGCUACUGCAUGCGCGGUGACAUCGUCUGCGCCGUCCAGGAAUGCGAGGUGCCCAUGAUGGCAGCCAAUGGCAAGUCCUGCAAGGCUAUGCCUGCGGCAGAGGGCCAGUGUUGCCCGAACAACUACAUCUGCGAGGACGACAGCGCCACCACUGAGAUUGUGGAGAUCAGCACUGAGGAAAGCGUCACUUCGGUGCCAGCCAAGGGCAUUCACGCUUCGAUUCCCAAGGAGGAUGUGGAUCUGCAGGAGCACAUCGACGACGAAGAGAAGGAUAAGGAAAGUGCAACUGAUAUUCCCACGGCUGAGGGCAGUGGCGAGGUUGAGGAUGAAGAAGAGGAGAAGGAGAAGGACAAGGCCACCACGAUUGCUCCAGUUCAUGUCACGGACGAGAAGGACUUCUCCUUUGAGCCCGAGUCCUCCACCGCCGGUAUUGCCUCUGAUUCCAGAAUCGAUGUGCCCUCCUCCACCGAGGAGACCAAGGAAACAUCCACUGAGUCCGCCGAGGAGGAAGAUAUUGUCAAGAUCGUCACCACGCCAGAGCCUGAGGGCAGCGGCGAAGAGGAUGUGUCCAAGCCUGCCAAGACCCCCGAGAAAGACGUUACCGAAGAUGAACUUAUCAAGGUCAGCACUUCCGCUCCCGCCAAGGCCACGCCCGAAGAGUCCAGCACCUCUACUCCCACUGAAGAGGAGGAGAAGGAGGAGGACAUUAAGCCCACGCCAUCUGGAGAAGUCAGCGGUGAGGAGGAAGAAGGCAAGCCCACGCCUACUGAGGAAGGAAGCGGCGAAGAGGAGGAAGAUGUCCAGCCGACAUCGGCUCCAGAAGGAUCUCAGGAGGAAGAUGCAGCCAAGCCCACUUCUACUCCAGUGGCAGCAGAUGAGAAGGAUGUGGAACCCAAGCCCACAUCCGCUCCAGAGGAAAGCGGAGACGACGAAGCGGAAGUCAAGCCCACUUCUACUCCUGCAGCCAUUGACGAAACGGAAGAGGCAGCCAAGCCCACUCCAGCUCCCGAGGAAAGCGAGGAGGAGGAGUCCAAGCCCACCAAGGCUCCAUCAGCCAUCGAUGAGGCCAAGCUCACGGAGUCCGCAGAGGAAGCUAGCGGCGAGGGCGAGGAGGAGAUCAUCAAGGGAACCACUCCCGCCGGAGAGGCAAGCAGCGAAGCUGAGGAGGAGAUUAUCAAGGGAACCACUCCCGCCGGUGAAACCAGCAGCGAAGCCGAAGAGGAGAUCGUCAAGGAAACCACUCCCGCCGGAGAAGCCAGCAGCGAAGCAGAAGAGGAGAUCGUCAAGGAAACCACUCCCGCCAGUGAAGCCAGCAGCGAAGCCGAAGAGGAGAUCAUUAAGGCCACCACUUCAGCACCCAAAUCGGAUGCUGAAGCCGAAAAGGAACCCGAUACUGCCACUGAAGCUCCUGCUUAUGGAGUCGAGGACAUGGCCAAGCCCUCAACGGCAGCCGCCGACACCUCUGAAGAAGGAGAAACCAUUAAGGUCACCACCCCAGCCGGCAAGGCAUCAGAUGAAGAAGAGGUUGCCGGAACAACAGCUCCCACUAAGGAUGUCAGCGGUGAAGAGGAGAUCAUUAAGAGCAGCACACCCAAGACCUUGGGAGAACAGCCCGCAGCUGCCGAGGGAUCUACCGAAUUGCCAGUGGAAGAGGGAGAGUUGGAGAGUUCAACGGUUGCCCCGGCCGUUGCCUCGUCCACCCAGGCUGCUCAGGAGGAUGAGAUUGAAAGUUCCACCAGUGCACCCGCACGAGCUGGCGACAAGGAGGAAGCAGGCUCCACGGAGCCCACUCCCGAGAAGGAUGAUGAGGUUGAACAGGAUGCCACAGAUCUGCCAGUCGACGAUGCUGUCAAGAGCACGACUGCCAAGACCACCACUACCGAAAAGACUGAGGAGGAGUCCUCCACCGAAUCCGAGGAAGCUGAAGGCGAGACUGCCACCGGAACCCCAGUCGAUAAGCCAGCAGUUACGCCUGUCGAUGAGGAGCACAAGGAUAAGGAGGAUGAGCAGACUAGCACCGAACUGCCGGUCAAAUCUGACGUGGUGCCGGCUGUUGUUCAACCCGAAGCCACUACUAGUCAGCCUGAGGAAGAGGAGGAAGUGUCCACCGAUAAGCCAUCCUCGGUUUACCUGCCUCCUGCUGGAGAGAAGGAUAACGCUGAGUCCGACGAGGCUGCCACGGAACCCUCUGCCCAAGAGGAGCCAGCCAAGCCUGUGGAGACCACGGCAGCGCCCCAGGACAUCUCAUCCAGCACUGCUGCAGUCGACACACGCAAUGACUUCGCAACGGAGAAGGCCACCGAGCAACCCAGCACCGAAGACCAGAGCACUGCUUCCGAGGCCAUGCCACCCAUGGAUCUCCCCGCUGCCAUUCCUGGAGAAGGCGAUUGCCUGGUGGAGGGCAAGACCUAUGCCAACAACAGUAUCGUGCCCGCCACCGCUCCCUGCGACGUGUCCUGCCGAUGUGUCAGCAGCCUGGUUGCCUGCCAACAGAUGGAGUGCAAGCUGCCCGAAGACCGCGAGAAGUGUGUCCUGUCUGCCGAUCUUUUGGAUGGCUGCUGUCCCACUUACAUCUGCGAUGAGAGCACUGAGAGCAUUGAGAAGGAACAGGACUCCACGGCCAAGCCCGUGGACAAGAUCGACGAGGAUGUCUCCGAGAUCAGCACUGAAGAGAUUCCCAAGGAUGUCAUCAUGCCAACUGGCAUUACUGAGCAGCCUCUUUCUCAUUUCAAGCCCGAUGAAGAGAGCCCGGCCAUGACCACGGAAGCAUCUACGACUGCCGCCAAGGUUGAUAAGAAGCCAAUUGAGGAGUCUGAUGAGGAGAAGAAACCAAUUGAGGAGGCCGACGAGGAGAAGAAGCCGAUUGAGGAGUCCGACGAGAAGAAGAAACCAAUUGAGGAGUCUGACGAGGAGAAGAAACCAAUUGAGGAGUCCGACGAGGAGAAGAAACCAGUUGAAGGAGCUGAUGAGAAGGAGAAGGAUCAACCUACCCCAGCCGUCACUGCUGCUCCCGAGAUUGAUGUCGAGACCCACAAGCCAAGCGGAGAGGAAGCAAAGCCCGAGGACGAGACGAAGCCAGGAGAUGAACCCGUUGAUACAACGGAAGAGCCCAGCACCAAGAAACCUGUUGAAGAAGAGGCUUCCACACCCAGUCAGUUGUCUGAGGAUUCCGAAAAGGAUACCACAGCCGCUUCUAUUCCGAGUGAAGAAGCCAAGCCAGUGGAUGAACAGAAACCAACUGGAGAAGAGAAGCCCUCUGGUGAGCAGCCUGAGGAUGAGAUCCUUGCCGUCACAGCUACACCCGAGAAAGAAACUCCUGCCGUCACCGCAACCUCCGAGAAGGAGACGCUCGAGUCCUCGACUGAAGUGCCAACAGCCAAGCCAGAAGCGGAGGAACCAUCUUCAGUCACCGAGAAAAUGCCUGUUCUUCCCGCCCGUGCCCCAGCUGGAGAUGACUUUGAGCAAUUUACAACUGCUGCUCCCGCAAAGGCGUCCGAUGAGAAGGAACCGUCUGAUGAAGAUGAGAUUGCUCCUGCCACCUCUGUGCCCAUUGAAAGCGAGGAAGAAAUUAGCACCGAGAAGCCUGCCAAACAUGGAACCUUGGUACCAUUCCCCACUCUUGCCCCCACUCAGCCAGAGCAGAAACCUGCUGAGGAAGAGAGCUCCACUGAAAUCGCCACUGAGCCAAGCAUUGAAGGUGAGAAGGAUACCUCUGCUGAGGCAGCCACACCCUCCGUGUCCGACAAUGAGAUCGAGGAAGAGGGUGAGGCUACUCCUGCUACUCCUGUGGCUGUUCCUGCUCCUGGUCCUCAAGCUUCCGAUGAAGACAAGACCCCGAGCACUGACAAGACCGUCGAUGCCGAAGAAAAGCCAACCACAAUUGCCCCAUCGGCUAGCGAUGACGAAUCCAAACUGCCCAAGCUUCCCCAGGAUAUCUUUGAAGAGGAACUGCCUGCAGUCACCGCUGCUCCCACGAAGGAUCAAGAUGAACAGAAGCCCGACGAGGAUGAGACCUCUACAUCUGCUUCUGCUGAGAAGGAGGUCGAGCCUGAAUCUGAUCGUGCAACUACUGUUGCUCCUGCUAAGGAACAGUCUGACGAGCAGUCCACUGGAGCUCCUGCUUCUGAUGAGCGCAAGGAGUCCCCAGAAUCCGAAGUGCCCACAACGGUUGCUCCUGGUGAGAAGAUUCCCUCGAGCAGUAUCACUCCUGAUGAGGAACCUGCUGCCACUUCUGCUCCGGCUGCCACACCUGACGAAGAUAUAGAGCAGGAUACCAGUAUCGCAGCCUCAACAGAGAUUCCCGAAGAGGAUAAGGAACCGUCGACAGAUAAGACGCCGCCCCAGGCAGAAGAGACGCCUGAGACUCCUGAAAAGACUCCCGAAGAGGAAAUGGAACCUGCCGGUACCACCACCUCUCCAAUUGCCGCUGAUGAAAAGCCCGCUGUUCAGAAACUGCCUGAGGACGUUCUUGCCGAGAUUCCACAUCCAUCCACUGAGGCUGGAAUUCCAAUUGACACAACUGUUCCUAGCGUGGAGAAGAAGGAACCUGCUGUUACCUCAAGCCCAUCUGGUGAGGUCGAUGAAGAAGUCACUACUACUCCGAUCUCUGAAACGGAUGAGAAGACAUCAGAAACAGAGAAGCCAACUGAGGAGGAGAAGCCAACUGAGGAGGAGAAGCCAACUGAGGAGGAGAAGCCAACUGAAGGAGAGGAGCCAUCUGAGGAAGAGAAGCCCGCUGAAGCACCUUCCAAGAUUGCAACUCCCGAGGACAAGACUGAAGUUCCCGAGGAGGGAUCUACUGAAGCCUCUGACGAAGUGGGACCCUCCACUGAAUCUCAUGCUGAUAAACAGCCCGAGGAUAAGCAGCCCUCAUCCACUGCCCAGGCCCCAGUUGAGAAUAUUCCAAGUGCUUCUACCGAGCUGCCUGCUGAGGAUGCCGACAAGGCCACCACUAUUGCUCCUGCUGCCGCCGCCGGUCAAGUCACCUCCGCCCCGUCCGAACACAAGAUUCCGUCCACUUCCAGCGAGGAGGACGAGAGUCCUGAAGGAACAACUGCCUCUCCACAGGCCACCGAAGAUGAUGAUACUAAGAAACUGCUUCAGACCGAACCAACCUCGACCGAGAAGGUAUCACAGGCUGAUGACAAGAAGUCCGAGGACGACAAGGAUGCUGAAGGGGAGCCAGAGUCUGCAACUUCAGUGCCACUACCGAGCACAUCCGCUCCAGUCGCUGGCGGAGAUAUCGAAAAAGAUGAGAAUGCCUCCACUGAAGCCUCUACUGAACCCUCAUCCCAGGAGGAAGAGGAGGAGAUCAAGCCAACCACCGCUCCAGCCGUCGAUGUACCGAAGCCAUCCGAAAAUGAGCCCGCAUUGGAUGAGCAGGAAGAUGAAGUCACAACUAAGCCCAUUACUGCGGAGGAGGACAGGGAGCCCAGCGAUGACACCCCAUCUGCUACUGCUGGACCCGUCGACGAGGCUUCUACAGAUGCUCCCGCUAAGGACGAAUCUAGCAUUUCCACUGAGAAGGCGGAGCCAGAGGUCACCACCGCUGCCAGCCCAGCUGUGCCUGCCAUGCCAGCUCCUCAGGACGAUACCAAGACACCCCUUGAUGUGGCCACCGAUACCCCCGCCUCUCAAGAGGAGGAGGAACAAGACAAAACCGAGUCCCCGGUUGUUCCAGCAGUCCCCGAAGCUGAUUCUACUGCUGCUCCUGUGGAUGUUCCUUCAGCCGAGGAAAUCGACACGAAGCCCAUGGAUGGUGUCAUGUCCCAGACUGUUGGUCCACAUGUCACCGACGAUGAAUCUACUGAAGAUGCUGACCAGGCUUCUGUUACGGCAGCUCCUCAGGAUGCUGAGAAGACGCCAGCCUCUGAACCUCCUGAGGAUGCUGAUAAGACUCCAGCCUCUGAAGCUCCUCAGGAUGCUGACAAGACUCCAGUCACGGUAUCUCCUCAAGAUGCUGAUGAGAUCCCAGCAACAGUGGCUCCUUUGGAUGAUAAGGAGACUCCUCAGGUCGAUGACAAGACUCCUGUUGAUGAUGAGAAGACUCCAGCUACCGCAGCUCCUCAGGAUAAUGAACAAACUCCAGUUACCGGCUCUCCUCAGGAUGAAGUCCCAGCCACAGUUGCUCCUCAAGAUACCGACAAGAUUCCCGCUACAGUUGCUCCAGUUGUUCCUGAAGUUGAGCCCAGCAGCGAGCAGCCUCCUGCAUCCGAGGAUGUCGGCGAGGAGAGCACCGAACCUGCUGUCGAUGAUGCUGAGGCUAGCACUGACAAGGCUCCAGCUGGUGCCAAACUGAAGCCACCAACUCCCGCCCCUGCCAUCCCAUCGGAGUCCCCAGCCACCGAGGCAGAGAUUGUGGCAGAAACAGCAGCUCCUGAACUUGAGAAGGAUGUGCCCGAGAAGGACGUGUCCACAGAGCAGCCACAACCGGUUGAUGAGAAGACCACUCCGGAACCAGUCGUGAAGCCCAGCCUGGAUUCCACCGAGGAGGGAGAGGAGUCCGUGGAGUCCGAGGAGGAGCAUGCUCCAGUCACGGAGGCAGCUGACAAGGAGGAUGAGAGCAAGGAGACUGAGGACGAAGUUCCCGCUGUGGUGUCGGAGAUUCCGGCACCAACAGGUGCUCCUGAAACACAGGAUACUGAGGCCACCACAGUGCAUCCCCUCUUCGCCCACCUACCCAGCAGCUCCACCAAGGCGCCUGCCAUCGAUGACCGUGUUGGAGAAGAAGAUGAAGAGAGCACCACAAUCCGCGCCAGCACAAGCACCAGCACCGAGGCACCAGUUACCGCUGCUUCGUCGACGACGACGGAGGCUAGCAUCAUCACGCCACCCCCUUACGCUCACGCUCCCGAGUACGAGGAUGAGUACGACGAGGAGGAGGUAUUUGGACCCGGUACCUGCCGCUAUGCCGGCAAACUGUACGUGUCCGCCCAGCAGAUACCGCGCGACGAUCCCUGCGACUUCUGCUUCUGCUUCCGAAGCGAUAUCAUCUGCCUGCAGCAGUCGUGCCCGCCACCGAUUGCCGGCUGCCACGAGGAGCCCAUUUCCGGCUUCUGCUGCCCGCGCUAUGAGUGUCCAGUGUCCAUGGCCGCCGUGCUGAACAUCACCACGAGCACCACGACCACCAGCACCACCCUGCCGCCCCACUUCCUGCACUACUCGCACGGCGAGGCGGUGAAGCACACCGGCUGCCUGAUCAACGGCCGAUCCUACCGUGUCGGCGAGCAGAUCGAGUCCACGAGCGGACCCUGCAUCAGCUGCACUUGCGGCGGCGACGGCAAGAUGAAAUGCGAUCCCCAGCAGUGUGUGCCCGAGCCCACCAUGCAGCAGGUGAUGGCCGCCGUGGUGUCGGGACGCAAGAGAUGAACCACCAGCCAUGCUCACUAAAUUUAAUUUAACUAAUUCUUAAGCACUGCAGACAACAAUCACGAACCGACGAACCAACCAGCCCAGAUUGCACCACUCGCCAACUAGCAAUAGUAAUAGGAACCACAACUAGAACCCCUCCCCCGCAAUCAGUAACCGGAACCGGAAAUCACACUCGAAAUAGGUGCCAAAAGCAGGAAAUAGGAAAGUACCAGAAACCAGACAACCACCUAUCACAAACUUCAGAAUGCAAUAGUGUUAAUUUGGGUUUGCCGACAUUUGCACUCUUUCAAUUGGAUUACGCCCACUUGUUUCGGAUUAGGUUACGGUGACGAAGCAACCAGUGAUAUUGUACUGUAUACAUAGUAUAGGUGCAAUUAAUUUAGACGCGCUCACUUAAAGGAUUACAUAUUUGUCACGAUGGAUGUGGAGAGAGUGGAGAGUGGUGACCAGUGACCAGUACAGUACAGCGCGUGCCUUGUAAGGUCGUUCAUUGUGACCGCCCGCCCGCCGCCAUAAACAAUCGCUUUCAGGAGACUCUCAGCACACGAAAAGCUAUUGCUAUAUUCCGGACCCGGACACACGCAAUCAAUGGCGUUACGAAGCCACGGCUUCCGGCCGCCGGACCGGACUGGACUCAAUUCUAUUCCUUUUGUCCCCAGUCCGUAUCCCCCCUGUCCGGCGGCUCACUCUUCUCCAAAAUGCGCUUUUAUAAUAGUAUUUUAGUCACCUUAUUUUUACAAACAUUAUUAUUUUUGUGUAUAAUUGUUGCUUCUAGUCUUCUUUUGUUGCAAAGAGCAACGGAAUCCUCCGCCUGUAACACGCGCACAACCCGAUCGAUCGAUCUAUAUAUCGCAUAUCGCGCUCGAUCGGCCCAGUUGAAUUGAGUUGAGUUGAGAAACUGUAUCUUCUAUACGAACUAUUCCAAGCUUUUAUACUUUUAUAUACAAUACGUGUACGUGUACGUGUAGAGUGGAGAAACGAACGAACUAGUUUUUAUAGCAAUUUUACAAAACGAAACAGCGAAUUGCAUAGUUUUAACGGAUUGAAUUCCCAAGUGGGGCAGAACCGUAGUCUACAUAGAAUUUUUAGAUCAACUGAAACAAUGGAAACACUAAA